GUCAAACGAAGGCAUGUAUCCUGUACUCUCCGCUUCUUGCUCAUAUCAUAUUUUGAGGAGAGAGAGAGAAGAGAAGGGAAGGAGAAAGAUGAGUUACCAGCAAGCGCCCCAAGAUCCGUAUCCUCCACCACCGGUUCUGAUUUGAUAUACUAAUAAAAUUUAAAAAGUCUGAUUCAUUGAGAUGGGUAAUCUGUUUUUAAAUAGGGUAUGGAACAACAUACCCUCCUCCGCCUGGGUACCCCUCAGCGCCACCGGCACCGCCAUACGAAGGGUACCCUCCACAGCCAGCAGGGUAUCCAUACCCGGCACCACCACAGCCAGGAUAUCAAGGUUACUUCAAUCAAGGGUACCCUCCUCCACCACCACCCCCUCAAUCCCAGCCUUACCAGUUGUACCAUUGUGAGCAUUACCAAUACCAAAAUCAGAGCGGUUGUACCUCAUUCCUCCAAGGCUGGACACUCAACGAGCACACAAUGUCUACUGUAUGCUUUAGAACCAGAUGGUUUCAAUAUAUGGUAUGGAACUAAAGUGCAUUCGCUAAAACAUCAAUUGUUGAGAUCAAUGGUUGAUACAUGCUCAAGUUUGGCUGCGCUUUGUUGCUGCUGUCUGAUGGAGGAAUGCUUCUACUAAGCCACUAUGAACUUUACAUGGUGUAUGUGGGGUGUCCUCUGGUAAUUCUUUAUGUGAGGUCUUUGUAAUUUCUGUUCUCCGUAUCUGUUAUCUUCUCCAUGUUUUCUCGAAUCUGUGCCCCUUCUCUGGUUGUUAAAGAGGUUUUAUUAUGAGACAUGUGUGCCUAUUUGAAUUAUUGGUUGUGGAAGUUUGGAUUGUUUCCUGAUGUUUGUAAACUUGAGCUACUGGUAUUAUUUGUACAGAUCAAAUGCUCUUUAGCAUGUACCAGUUUCUUCUCUUCUCUUGUAGGGCUUGCUUCUUUUGGCACCAAGCUGGUCUGUAUUCCUUGUGUGUUAUCAAGAUCAAGAGAUAACUGUAAUCAAGUUUUUCCA